AUGCGUGUUACAGCUGCCAUCCAAGCCACUUUCUUGCUGGCAAUCUCUGUCCCGGCUCAGGCCUGGAACAGACUUGACAAGGAAAAUGCUGCUCUGCUGGUCAUUGACCAUCAGGUUGGUCUGUCUCAAGUCGUCCGUGACUUCAGCACGAAUGACUUCCGCAACAACAUGCUCGCUCACGCUGCUCUGGGUAAUGUCUUCGACCUGCCAACCGUCCUGACUACCUCCUCGGAUGCGGGUCCCAACGGACUCAUGCUUAAGGAGAUUAUGGACAUGCACCCUAACGCCACCUUUGUCCGUCGUCAGGGCGAGGUCAAUGCUUGGGACAAUGCCGAGUUUCGGGCUGCUGUCAAGGCCACUGGCAAGAAGCAGUUGAUUAUUGGUGGUAUUGUGACUGAAGUUUGCACCACAUUCCUGGCUCUCUCCCUCAUCGACGAGGGCUAUGAGGUCUUCGCCAACACUGAUGCUAGCGGCACUUUCGACACCCGUCUUGCCGAGGACGCCAACCGCCGCAUGGAACGUGCUGGUGUCACUCUGAUGGGAAUGUUUGCCAUUGCCUGUGACCUGAUGCGGGACUGGAGAAAGACUCCCGGUUUGACAGAGUUGCUGCCCUUCCUUGACAAAUACCAGUUCGCUUAUGGUCUUGUUGCUCGUCACCACGGUGGUGCUCUGCAGAAUGGUACUCUGUACCCCAUUGAGCAGACUCUUCUGUGA